CACAUAUACACACACACGCACGCACACCAUCCACUGCAGAAUCGUGCAGCAGUCAUUAAUUAGAAAUGUUUCGGCUCGUGCGGCGCCGCGUCGGUGCCGCCGGUGGCAGUGUGGCGUGACCGUCAAAGCGAGCAAGAACGGUCUCGCGGCCAAAUAGGUUGGUUACAUCGAUUGUAUCACAACCGCGCCUCGUGGUAGUGGUGGCGACAGCGACAGCGGCGGUGGCAGUGAUGGUAGUGGGAUGUUGAUAGCGGUCGUAAUGCUAGCGAAACUUGGAGCAGCAGUUACAAGCUUUAUAUAUGUUUUGCGGUUACGAGGCGUACGCGGCUUCGCUGGGUCUAGCUUCGUCACGUUCUCGCCAGUUCUCGCGAAACGUCCGAGGCUAACCGCUCUGCUGUCGUGUCGCCCUGCGUCCUGCGUCACCCUUAUUUCAUUCCGGGCGCUAAUCUGAACACCGUCCCGAUAGCGCACGCGCGUGCGUCACUCGCUACAGAAACGGUCAAAGCGGCGCAGCCCGUGGCACGAACGCGCGCGCUUCCUCGCCUCACUCUCGUCCGUCCGGUGGCACGUUUCGGAUCGCGUGGUACAUGCCGAAGCGGCUCCGGGUCACAGAAAAAUGAAUAUUUUCCUAAAUAUAUCAGCCACUUUUUGGUCGCCAGACAUUUGGUUGCCUCCUAAUAUUACAUGGCAGGAUAUCAGUCCAAAUGCAGACAAUAAGUAUGCUAAUUAUCAACAUUUAAUAUUUCCGCUGCCCAUGGCAUUAGUUCUUCUAGGAAUAAGAUAUACUCUUGAGAGGUACUGGUUUGCUCCCUUAGGAAGAUCGCUUUGUAUAAAAAAUACUAGAAGCAAAAGGGCAGUGCCCAAUGAGAUAUUAGAAAAAGCAUAUCUUAAUAAGAAAAUUAAAUAUAAGCAGAUUUUAGCAUUGGCUAAACAAUUAGAUUGGUCUGAAAGGCAAGUGGAAAGAUGGCUUCGGUUGCGUCGUUCUCAAGACAAGCCGUCUACUCUUACAAAGUUCUGUGAAAGUUGUUGGAGAUGUUUUUAUUAUGCGUCUGCAUUCUUCUAUGGCCUUGUUGUUCUAUGGGAUAAACCAUGGCUUUGGGACAUAAAGCACUGUUAUUACAAUUACCCCUAUCACCCUGUUACCAAUGAUAUAUGGUGGUAUUAUAUGUUAUCAAUGGCAUUUUACUGGGCAUUAAGCUUUUCUCAAUUCUUUGAUGUAAAAAGGAAAGAUUUUUGGCAGAUGUUUAUUCAUCAUAUAGCAACAAUUUCACUUAUGUGUUUCUCAUGGGUCGGGAAUCUCACAAGGAUCGGCAGUCUGGUCUUACUUGUGCACGAUUCCGCGGAUAUAUUGUUGGAGGCGGCAAAAAUGACAAAGUAUGCAAAUUAUCAAAAAGUUUGUGAUUGUAUAUUUGUCAUAUUUACAAUUUUCUGGAUUGUAACACGUAUGGGUGUAUAUCCAUUUUGGAUAAUUUAUAGCACCUCUAUAGAAGCGCCUAAGAUAGUACCGAUGUUCCCUGCAUAUUAUAUCUUUAAUUCUUUAUUAAUUUUACUACUGUUUCUUCACGCUAUUUGGACUUAUUUAAUCCUUAAGAUUGCAUACCGCGCUUUCAAUGCUGGUCAGAUGGAGGGUGAUAUUCGCAGUAAUAGCAGCGACGAAGUAUCCGACACUUCGGUCAAUAAUGUUUCCAUAAACAAUGCCACAAAUUAUGUUAACAAGUCAAAUUCGAAACCGAAAACCCACUAACAAAACGCAUGCUGUAUAGGCUAUUAUUUUAAAAGUUUAUCCUAAGGCAGAAAAUUUAUUCGGACGUUUAGCCAGAUGCUAAUCUUCCUACAAGUAUGAUAUAGAAUCUCGAAUUCGACGUUACUCUUGUAAUCAAAGGCGCUAACAUUAACAUACCCAUUUAAUCUCUCAUAAAAAUGAGAGUAAUUAAAACAUAUUUUCUCCAAUUUCCCUUUCAUUAGUAUUCCAUUAGUGUUUCCCUUAAAGCAGUUAAAUGCUUUGUCACAAAUUUGCCUGCAGUCCUCUCAAUUUCAAAUGUAUUUGCGUUUAGGAAUGCAUUAUAUACGAAGGUCAACGAAAGAAAAAAAGAAAACAAAUGGCGACAAAAUGUAAAACAACAAUUAUUCGUAUCAUUAAUUUAUGUAACUCCAUUUUAUUUAAUUCUUAAAUAAGAUGGAGUUACAUAAAUUAGUGAUACGAAUAAUUGUUGAUGUUUUAUAGUUUGUUGCCAUUUGUUUUCUUUUGUAAUUAAUUAUAAGUAUAUAAUUUCUUUUAAUCGAAUUCUUAAUACUUAGUUAAGAUGUAAGAAUGGACCAAAGCCGCCAAUAUGUCUGACCUCCAUCCAAUAUUCUCUGAGUCUAAUAUCACGUAAUUACUUUGAAAAAUGUAUUUAUUUUCAUAUACUUUGUGAGUAUCAGUCAAUGAUUGAUAAGCAUAAGAGCAAUUCAAUUAAUAAUAAAUUUCUACUAAUUAAUUAUAUACGAAUCUCUAUUAUUCUAUCUCACGACGCAAAAUUUGAUUAAACUAGUGCAUGAAUUCACAAAUUGCGACUACAUAAUUUAGCUUAAGCUCAUCGCAAUAUAUUCCGCGAUAUUUAUAUCGCUUGAGCCGUUAAAAAACUGACAACUUUUGCAUUUAUAUAUAUCUAUAUCAACAAAUAAAUGUCACGUAAAUUGUACGUUGUGUACUUACGCACGAGUCUUCACGAAUCAUCGGUGUUAAUUAUUCUUACAUAAUACUGCACUCGCAAUCGCGUCCUCAUGUAUCGCCAAUAAAAAUUUCCUUACUAAUUCUCGGA